AUGGGCAGCCUGGGCAGCCUGCCUCUGCUUCUGCUGCUGCUCUUCCGUGUGGGGGCUCAAAAGCAGGACUUGGAUUUGGUUCAGAAAUACCUGGAAAACUACUACAACCUGAGGAAUGACGGAGACCAAGCUGAAAGGCAGAGAGACGCAAGUCCAGUGGUUGAAAAGCUGAAGCAAAUGCAGAAAUUCUUUGGGCUAAAGGUGACUGGGAAGCCCGAUGCUGACACCCUGAAUGUGAUGAAGCAGCCCAGAUGCGGCGUGCCAGAUGUGGCUCCGUUUGUCCUCACUGCUGGGCAACCUCGGUGGGAGAAGGCACAACUGACCUACAGGAUUGAAAAUUACACACCGGAUUUGCCUCGUGCUGUCGUGGACCGUGCGAUGGAGAAAGCCUUUCAACUCUGGAGUAGUGCCUCCCCGCUGAGGUUCACCAAGCUCUCUGAGGGCCAGGCGGACAUAAUGAUCUCCUUCGUGUGGGGAGAUCACCGUGACAAUUCUCCCUUUGACGGGCCGGGAGGAAACCUUGCUCACGCGUUUCAGCCAGGCCCCAACCUUGGAGGGGAUGUCCAUUUUGAUGAAGAUGAACGAUGGACCAACAACUGCAGCCAUUAUAACUUGUACCGUGUGGCAGCUCAUGAAUUGGGCCAUGCCCUUGGACUCGCUCAUUCUACUGACAUUGGGGCUCUAAUGUACCCCAAAUACAUCUUCAGUGGUGAUGUGCAGCUCUCUCAGGAUGACAUCAACAGCAUCCAGACCCUCUAUGGAUCUUCCCCAAAUCACAACCUGCCAAUAGACCCCCAAGCCCCCCAACCUUGUGAUACAAAGCUUACCUUUGAUGCUAUAACUACAGUUCGAGGAGAGGUGAUGUUCUUCAAAGACAGGUUCUGCAUGCGCAUACAUGACCUGUACCCAGAAGUUGAACUUGACCUCGUUUCUGUUUUCUGGCCCUUUCUUCCAAAUGGUUUUGAAGCUGCUUAUGAAGUUGUCUAUAGAGAUGAAGUCCGGUUUUUCAAAGGUAACAAGUACUGGGCUCUUCGGGAGUACGACUUGCUCUAUGGAUACCCAAGGUCCAUCUACACAUCCUUUGGCUUUCCUAAAACUGUGAGGAAUAUCGAUGCUGCUGUUUCUGAGGAAGAGACUGGGAAAACAUAUUUUUUUGUUGCUAACAAGUACUGGAGGUAUGAUGAAUAUAAACAAUCCAUGGAUAGGGGUUAUCCCCAAAUGAUAUCCCAUGGAUUCCCUGGAAUUGUCAGCAAAGUUGAUGCGGUUUUCAAGAAAGAUGGAUUUUUCUAUUUCUUCCAUGGAAUAAGUCAAUUCAAAUAUGACCCUAAGGCUAAGAAAAUUUUGGCCGUCCGGAGAGCGAAUAGCUGGUUCAACUGCUGA